AUGUCUCUGGGCGACACUGUUAUCCUGAACGAGCGGCGGAUGACACAUGGUGUCAUCCCAGUCAAACAGUCUUCCCUGCCUGGACUCAUUAGACUGCCCAGAAGGUAUGACACAGAUUCUGUCAACGUUCCGGUAUAUUCAAAUCACCCCACCGCCAUUCAGCCGCACUGUCCUGAAAACGAAAGCGUGUCUGAGAGGCUGAAGGACCUCAUGCAAGCUACUUUGUGGCUGAAACAGGAACUGAUUUUACUGCGGCAACAUGAUAUUCUACUGAAACGGGCAAUUCUUCGACAUCCACUCACUCCCAUCACAUCCCUGCAGCCCCAAAAAAUUGCUGUCACAAGUAUGAUUGCAUCAAUACCAUCACCAUCCCUCCAUCAUCAUCGCAGCAAAUCCUUCCACCUUUACAAAACCUACUCCCCGUCCCAUUCACCGGACUGGGUAGUACAUCUAGAGACUCUGCUAGUCAGACCAAUAAGAUAUACCAGCGUUUUGCAGCGACCACAGCGAUGGAGACGGACGACUAUGAUGGAGGGGUGUGAUUUUUUGGAGACUAAAUAUCACAGCCCCAGAGCUGCGUCAAUGAGAACGUCACGUGACCUAGCAGCUGCAGUUCGAAGUGAGCAGUAG